AUGAAGUCGGGAAGAAGAAAACCUUCUUCAUCUCGCCUUCCUUCCAUUUCCCGUGUUACCUUCUCAUGGCUUUCCAAGUUCAAGAAAAUGAGCUUUGACUCUGAAUCGAAACCUGUAAAUGAGAGCCAAAACGUGAAGCAGAAUUUGGUGCCUGCAAAGUCACCAAAUUAUGCUGGAAGUGGAAGAGGUAGAUUCCAUGGUGAGAAUGGUGAUGCCUUUUGGAGAUUAUCCUUUGGAGUAGACAGUGUUGAAGAGAAUACUAGUAAAGUAGUGAGAUCAGUCUGGUACAAGUCAGAUGAUGAGCUUGAUGUUCCACCCCCAAGUUGCCGGAAUUGUGGAUCAAAUGCUAGGAGGUCUAUAGAAACAGAUACAACAAGAAAGUUCAGCAAGGUUACUGAAGGGAAAUUGAGAGGAAUCCCUGCAGAUAAAGAGAUCAUGACAGAAAUUCAUCUAUGUAACAGAGAAAAAGCUACCAUAAGUAAGACACCAAGAACUGACAUUGCCAUAGAAAAGAAAUCGAAGAGAAAAUGCCAAGGAGCGAAAAAAAAAUGGCCGAAGCUGGAUAAAAACACAGAUAUAGCGAAAGAGGAAUGGACAAACUCAGUACAUAAUAAUAUCUCAGAACAGGCAUCAGCAACAGCGAUUGACGGUGAGAAAUGGAAGACAAAAGGAGUCAGUUCAAGGAGAUGUUGCUCUCUCUCUUCCAUGAAUACACAGAAGAACAACCAAACUGCAACUGCUGAAGAUUGUGGAUUUGCUGCUCGGAACCUAGAUAACACUCAAAAAUCAGAGAAGUGGAGUGCCGAGUGGCAAAGAUUAAAAGCCAAGAAAAUUGAAGAGAUAAAAUUGAAGAGUAAGCAACAGAGGAAAUCUCUUUACAUCAGCAAGGAAUUUCAGAGAAGGACAACAAAGCAGAGCAGCAAAGUCAGAAUUUUUUCUCCAAGAACAGCCUCCAAAAUUGAAAUCUGCAAAAUAAAGGCUCUAGAAGAUAUGAAGAAAGCAAAAUUGAAGACGAAGGUGACAGAGGAGAUAACAACUAAGACAAGAGCCAGAUUAGGAAGAUUUGCUAUGGUAAAAUGCUCGUCCGAUCCCCAGAAGGACUUCAGAGAUUCAAUGAUUGAGAUGAUCAUGGAGAAAAAGAUCAACCAACCUCAAGAGCUUGAAGAACUCCUAGCUUGUUACCUGGCAUUGAACUCUGAUGAAUAUCAUGACCUCAUUAUCAAAGUAUUCUGGCAAGUCUGGUUAGAUCUCAGUCAGGCCUGUUUUGAUUGUGAAGUAGAGAAUAAUAAAGUCCUUAAGGUUAAUUACUAUUUCACUAGUCUCAAGUAA